AUACGAAAAGGAAAAACAAAGAAACGAAGGAUUCGAUUUCUCUCUCUCAAUCUCCGUCUCUCUGCCUCUUCUUCCUUUUUACGGAUGGGCAUCUCCUCCACAAUUUGAAGCGGUCAUCGCCGGCGAUCCAACCCCGUCUCCGGCCGGAAUCUCCUCGGCCAUGACUUGUCCGCGCGCGCGACGCGAUGGACUUCUCCGUCCUAGUCUUCGGUUGGAGUCUCCGUGCCUUUUUUGACGCUCCGUCUCUCCACGUUUUCUAUUCUUCUUCGCGUGUUUGAAUUCGCUGUCGCCUUUUUGACCUAAAUUCGGCUCGGGAUUUCGGCGUUUGGGCGAGUUGGUUGGGGCGUCUGGCGUUGGGGCGAAUCGCAUUUUGCUGCGUGCGUUGCUCUUGCGAUUCUUUGAUCGGUGAGCUGGUAUCACUUUGUUCGGCCACAUUUUGGCUCGGAUCUCGAUUAGGUUAUGGUGAAGCCUCGAGGAUUGACUCUGCCGUGAGAAGCUGUAGCUCGAAGGAGGUUCUCAAAUUUUUCUUUUUCUGGUCGGAGGAUUUUGUUAGGGUAGUUCUGUCCGCUUAUUUUCGAUAAGAGCGAUGGAGGCGCAUGCGAAGAAUGAGAAAAGGCGGCGAUCGAAUGGGUGUAAUCCGGUUGCAAAGCCGGGGCCAGUGUCGAUGGAUCAUGUGUUGUUGGCAUCGGGCGAGACGAAGGAGGAGAGGGAACAAAGAAUUAGAAGUUUGUUUGGCUUCUUCGAUACUGCGAAUGUUGGUUAUUUAGACUAUUCACAGAUUGAGGCUGGGCUCUCCGCCCUGCAUAUACCUUCGGUAUACAAAUACGCGAAGGAUUUGUUGAACGUGUGUGAUGCCAACAAAGAUGGACGCGUUGAUUACCAGGAAUUUAAGCGAUACAUGGACGACAAGGAGCUUGAGCUUUACCGCAUUUUUCAAGCCAUUGACGUGGAGCACAAUGGUUGCAUUGUGCCUGAGGAGCUAUAUGAUGCUCUUCUUAGGGCAGGCAUUGAAAUUGAUGACGAGGAGCUUGCCCUUUUUGUUGAGCGUGUGGAUAAGGACAAUAAUGGCGUCAUAACUUUUGAAGAAUGGAGAGAUUUUCUUCUGCUUUACCCUCACGAGGCAACUAUGGAGAACAUUUAUCAUUACUUGGAAAGAGCUUGCCUUGUUGAUAUUGGAGAGCAAGCUGUGGUACCAGAGGGCAUUAGUAAACACAUCCAUGCAAGCAGAUAUCUUAUCGCAGGAGCUGUGGCGGGAGCAGCAUCUCGUACUGCAACUGCCCCACUUGACCGGUUGAAAGUUAUUUUACAAGUGCAGACCACCCGUACUCGUAUAAUGCCUGCAAUAAAGUCUAUAUGGAAGGACGGUGGUCUUACGGGAUUUUUCCGGGGCAAUGGAUUAAAUGUUGUGAAAGUGGCUCCCGAGAGUGCUAUAAAGUUCUAUGCUUAUGAAGUGCUGAAACGUGUUAUUGUGAACGCACAUGGAGGAGAAGAUAAGUCUGAAAUCGGGCCUAUGGGGCGCCUUCUUGCCGGUGGUUUAGCAGGAGCUGUAGCACAAUCAGCUGUUUACCCCAUGGAUCUUGUGAAAACUAGAUUGCAAACUCAUGUUUCUGACGGAGGGAAGUGUCCUAGUAUAGGACAAAUGACUAGGGAUAUAUGGGUUCAGGAAGGGGCUCGGGCAUUUUAUAGGGGGGUUGUUCCAUCUCUGAUUGGGAUAAUUCCUUAUGCUGGCAUUGACCUCGCUGCAUAUGAAACCUUCAAAGAUUUGUCCAAGAAGUACAUUCUUCAAGAUAGUGAGCCUGGCCCUCUAGUGCAGCUGGUCUGUGGGAUGACCUCUGGAGCUCUUGGAGCUAGUUGUGUCUACCCUUUGCAAGUCGUAAGGACAAGGAUGCAAGCCCAGCGCCCCAAUACAGAUGCUGCAUAUAAAGGCAUGUCAGAUGUAUUUAGGAAAACAUUUAAACAUGAAGGGCUAAGGGGAUUCUACAAAGGAAUCUUCCCUAAUUUGCUCAAAGUUGUUCCAUCAGCAAGCAUUACUUAUAUGGUUUACGAGACUAUGAAAAAGAGACUACAUUUGGAAUAGCAAGUUAUGCAAACUUUCCCAGUUCCUACUGGGGGAUUGACAAGGCUGACAAAUGGCGGGGUGUUUUCAUGAGGAAGACUUUGUUUACAUUAAUAAGGUUACUCAUUUUUGGUAGAUCCUAUGGUUAUUUGUCUAAUUAUACUUCAGUGCUAGCUUAAGAUAUAUUGGAAGGGGCAAAAUUGGCUUGCCCACCAUCUGGUAGCUGAAACCAUCUUUUUUUGGAGUGAUUACCAAUUAGCCCAUGUUGUAUGAUACAGAAGCAUACGGCAUAAGGUUGACAGAAACCUGAUUUUGUUAUUCUUUCUGGCGGCAAUUUAAUCAGAAUGUCCAGUUAUGGAGA